GCCUAGGGAGCGCGUGUUUCUGCCAUUUUGGGGAUUGACGUUACCCCGCAAUUUCUGAUUACUCACUGUCGAUCUUAAGGUUCUUAAGGAGCAAUUGCUCGAGACGACAUUCAUUGUCUCUUGUCAACUUCUCUUCCACCUGAUAUUGACAAAAUGACUGUUCCCAUCACUGAUCUUCCCUCCAAGGAUCGAAUCGAACCAGGCUCCUUCAAUGUCCCCGUGGGAAAGUUCCCCCAAACUGCAUCCUCCACAUCUGUCGAUGCGGCCAAGGUCGCAUCAGAUGUGAUUGAUCGUUUGAAUAAUGCCAUAAAGCAGAAAAACUACAAGGCCGUCUCAGAUCUAUUUCUUGAGGACGCCUACUGGCGGGACCAUCUAGCGCUGUCGUGGGAUUACCGAACCAUCAAAGGCAGAGAGAAAAUCGCCAAGUUGCUCGAGCAUUCCGCACGGCUGGCCCAGAUUGAUAUUGACCAGUCAUCGCCCUUCCGUGCGCCCCAUGUUGGCCCAAUUGAUGCGUUUGGUGAGGUUACAGGUGUGGAGUUCUUCACUACAUUCGCAAACGAUGUAGGGCAUGGAAGGGGCGUGGUCCGCAUGGCGGAGAAGGACGGCGUCUGGAAAAUCUUCACUAUCUUCACGACUCUCCAGGAGCUCAAGGGGCACGAGGAGGCUGUGAACACCCGUCGACCACUGGGUGUGCAGCACGGAGCGCAAUUAGGCAGAAGAAACUGGCAGGAUAGACGGACGUCCGACUUUGAAUUCGAGGAAAAGAACCCGGUUGUCCUGGUCGUUGGUGCCGGUCAAUCUGGGCUCAGCGUCGCCGCUCGUCUCAAGAUGCUCAGUGUCGACACGUUGGUCAUUGACGAGGAGGACCGUAUUGGAGACAACUGGCGGCGGAGAUACCACCAGCUCGUGCUGCAUGACCCCGUGUGGUUCGAUCAUAUGCCGUACUUGCCCUUCCCUCCGAGUUGGCCGACAUUCACGCCGAAGGACAAGAUAGCCGAGUUCUUCGAAGCGUACGCUAAGCUUCUUGAACUCAACGUGUGGACGCGGACCAAGCUCAAAUCGUCCUUGUGGAGUGAUGAUAAAAAGCAGUGGACCGUCGUGCUUGAAAGACGACGAGACGACGGCUCGGUCGAGAGCCGCACCCUUCAUCCACGACAUGUCAUCCAAGCUACUGGCCAUUCCGGAGAAAAGAGUCUACCCCGGUUCAAGGGGAUGGAGUCUUUCAAGGGUGAUCGUAUUUGCCACAGCUCCGAUUUUACCGAAGCAAAUCCUGCGUCCAAGGGCAAGAAAGCCGUGGUCGUCGGAUCAGGUAACUCUGGCCACGACAUUGCGCAGGACUUUUACGAAAAGGGAUACGACGUCACGAUGGUGCAACGGAGCACAACAUGUGUGAUCUCAUCCGAAUCGAUUCUGUUCAAGGCGCAGCAGAUCAAGUUGACUGUCGCUCAGAAUCAACGCGAUGCCGCGAUCCUCCAAGCAUUGGACAAGGCUGGUUUCAAGAUCGACAUGGGCUCGGACAACGCCGGUCUCCUGAUGAAGUACCUGUCACGAGGCGGCGGCUACUACAUCGACGUCGGCGGCAGCCAGCUCAUCGUGGACGGCAAAAUCAAGGUCAAACAGGGCCAGGAGAUCACCGAGGUCCUUCCCCAUGGACUUCAGUUCGCGGACGGCACGCAGCUGGAGGCCGACGAGAUCGUCUUCGCGACCGGAUACCAGAACAUGAAGACGCAAGCGCGGACCAUCUUCGGCGACGAGGUCGCCGAUCGUAUCGAAAGCGUCUGGGGAUUCAACGAGGAAGGCGAGAUGCGCACGAUCUGGCGGAAGAGCGGCCAUCCCGGAUUCUGGUUCAUGGGCGGGAACCUGGCUCUCUGCCGGUACUAUUCGCGGUUGUUGGCCUUGCAGAUCAAGGCCCUGGUGGAAGGUAUCACCAUCUAUGGAGCGAAGUAGACGCAUAGACUAAGUGGAAGACUGGAAAAUUGCAGCUCAAUAUGAC